ACAACAGCGACGCGAACGCGCGCGGGCGAGGGCGAGGGCGAGGGCGCCAAAACGGCCGACGACGUCGAGGACAUCCCGCCGUGGGAGCGCCGCGAGAUCGAGAAGAAAGCCGCGAUGGAGAAGGGCGGCCUGCCGUGGCCCGCGUACCUGGGACUCGCGGUGAUCGUAGCGAUCGCCGCGAUCGGGAGCUGCUUCGAGCUGACGUACGAGAAUCCCAUCUUCGGCGUGGUGGGCGCGGACUCGUUCGCGUACAAGCCGAUUCUGUUUUGGUUCAUCGGCACCGGGUUUCCGCUCGCGGGGUGGUUGUGGACGAAGGGGAUCGCGGGCGCGAACGAGGCCGCGGAGCUGCAGGACAAGCUCGACGGGUACUGA